CAAUUAGCGCCAUAUUUUUGUUGCUAUCAUAUUUCCAGUUGACAGUACCAGUGCUGACCAAAAUGGCUAUCAGGGGACUCAUCAAUUUGCCCAGAGAUGUCAAAUCAUUUUACUACUACAUAAUAGUCAAAUAUAAUCUAACAAAAUGGAAAUAUUUGGAUCAAUCGGUGGACGAAUUGUUUGUAAAAAGUGUCGAAAAAAAUCCCUUUAAGAUUGCUAUACAGUUCCGCAACGAAAUGUGGACUUUUCUCAAGACACAUGAGUUCAGCAAUCAGACGGCCAAUGUGUUUACCGAUCUCGGUCUCAGAAGUCGUCAAGAGGUAUGCUUUAUGAUGAGCAAUAGGCCCGAGUAUAUUGGCGUAUGGAUGGGACUGACAAAAAUGGGUGUCAUUCCGGCACUGAUCAAUAUUAACCACCGAAGCGACUAUUUGUUGAACGCAACCAAAGCAAUCAACUGUAAAGCUUUCAUCUUUGAAAACAUAUACUACGAAAUCGUUGCCGAAAUUAUACCACAACUAAUGGACUACAAUCCAGAUAUAAAAUACUAUUGCUUUGGUGAGAUACCUGUGCUCAGCGGCGGCACACAGAUUGCUCCGUUUGACUGUCAAUGCAUUCACGAGUUGAUAUCAUCGGCUCCAACCACUCAAAACUAUUUAGUAUCGAAACAACACUUUGAUUCCGUACUGUUUUAUUUGUAUACAUCGGGAACAACAGGCUAUUCAAAGGCUGCCAUUUUCCGACAUUACCGCUAUCUGACACUCGGUGUUGUCCAACACACGUGUAUUAGUCUCAAUCGGGACGACAUUAUCUAUUUAUCUUUACCGCUAUAUCACGCAAACUCAUGUGUCAGCACAUGUCUAUCUCUUAUAUUUGGUUUGACGGUUGUUAUUAAAGACAGAUUUUCGGCCACUGACUACUGGAACGAUUGUAUUAAAUACAAGUGCACUGUUGCCAAUUAUAUCGGAGAAAUUUGCCGAUACCUAUUGGCUCAGCCGGUUCGGGACUGCGAUCAGAAACACCGAUUACGGGUAAUGUUUGGUAACGGUUUGCGACCGAAAAUUUGGCGCGACUUUCAACAACGUUUCGGUAUUAAACGGAUCGCAGAGUUUUAUGCCUCCACUGAAGGAAACUCUAAUCUCAUCAAUUGGGAGGGUCGUGAAGGUGCCUGUGGUUUCUAUCCAUAUUAUUAUACAAUAUUUGUACGCUUUUUAUAUCCGGUUAUAUUAUUGAAAACCGAUGAAGAGACCGGACAAGUAGUUCGCGAAAAAAAUGGUUUGUGUGUAGCGGCCGAAGCGGGAGAGGUGGGCGAAAUUGGGGCCCGUAUUAUGGACUCAAACCCUAUUAGCAAAUUUGAUGGUUACACCAACGAAAGUGAGACCAAUAAAAAGAUUAUCAAAAAUGUAUUCAAAAAAGGCGAUAAAGCCUUCCUGUCCGGUGAUCUCAUGCGUAUGGAUGUCAACGGAUAUCUAACAUUUGUUGACCGUACAGGUGAUACCUAUAGAUGGAAAGGAGAAAACGUGUCGACAGCCGACGUGGAGAGUGUCAUACAGAAAGUUACACAACUGUCCGAUUGUAUUGUAUUCGGUGUCGACAUUCCAUGUUGUGAAGGAAAGGCUGGUAUGGCUGUCAUAGUCAUCCAAGAAAAUGAUUUCGAUGCCAACCGAUUGGCCAAUCAAUUGAGCCGACAACUACCCCCGUAUGCCAUACCUGUGUUUGUACGACUGACCACACAUAUUGACAUUACUGGUUCAUAUAAAUUGAUGAAAAAUAAUUUUAUGAAAGCCGGCUAUCAUCCCGAUGGUACCGGUGAUCGUAUAUACUUUUAUGACAUCAGUGGCAUCAAUAAAACAUACGUUCCUCUUGAUAGUCAAAUACUCGAUGACAUCAAUGCAGGAAAAGUUAGACUUUAA